AUGGAUUCCUCAAGUUUGCAUGAGGCUCAGCAGAAAGAUGGUAAAGUUUUUCAACCAAAGGAGUACCAGAAAACAAAGGACGAAAUAGUGGAAGCAGAGGAAACAGGGGACGAAACAUUACAGAAAACAGAGACCAUCACCAACAUGGGACAUGAACUGUACUGGGAUGCAGCAAGGGGCGACAUCGAUGCCGUGCUGAAAAGCAAAGACCAUCUUCAAAGCUUACUCACUCCAAAUAAGAACACAAUCCUUCAUAUCUAUAUCACAUCGAGAGCCACUGAAGAUCAAGGUCCAAGUGAGUUUGUUGAAAGAAUACUUGCAACUUGUCCGGCACUGCUGAUGCAGCCCAAUUCCAAAAAUGACACUCCCCUCCACAUAGCAGCAAGGUAUGGACAUGCUUCAAUAGUGGGGACGCUCAUUCAAUAUGCAAAGGAUAACAAUGAGAGAGGUGUAGAAGCAGCCAGGCAGAUGAUGAGGUUGCAAAAUCAAAAUGAAGAUACGGCUAACCAUGAGGCGGUUCGAUUUUACUAUCCAAGCGUGGUGGAGAGAUUGGAACACGAGACUCCACUCUACAUGGCAGCUGAGAGAGGAUACAGUGAUAUUGUGUUUGAGAUACUAGACAAGUGCAAAUCACCAGCUACUACUGGUCCUAUUGGCAGAAAUGUUCUGCAUGCUGCAACCAUACUCAAAGAUAAAGAAAUGAUAAAAACAAUCCUAGAUAAAAUGGAGGCACUAAUGUUAGAAGCAGAUGAAAUGGGCUGGACUCCAUUACACCAUGCUGCACAUAUUGGAUAUCGUCCUGCAGUGAAAAUGUUUCUAGAAUUACCAAUUGGUAGAGAAAAAGCAGCCUACAAGAAAAAUAAACAAGGAAACACUGCUUUUCAUCUUGCAGCUGCUUCAACUUCUUUAAACUGUAAAGUGAUAAUAUCAGAAUUUAUAAAAUGGUGUCCAGAAUGCUGUGAAUUAGUGAACGAAGAAGGCAGGAAUAUUUUACACUCUGCGGUGGGGAAGAAGGACAUCUAUGAACUGGCAAUGGGUGAUAUACUGGAAAAGAAUGCAUUCAGCGACUUGUUAAAUGAAAAGGAUGCUAAAGGGAACACACCGCUCCAUCACAUUGCCAUUUAA